AUCUAUCUAUCUAUCGUGAAUAAUCAGUCGGAUGAGGCUGAAGUGGAGAAGUUUUGCACCCCUCCCGUGGAGAUGCUCACAGCUGAACUCCAGCGGCAGCCUCAGUAACACACGUCCCCUUGGAGACUAGAGCAACACGUGAUGCGUCUACUUAUCACGUUCACUGAGCAGCGCUCAGGAACACGCUUUGAGAGAAAAAGUGACUUUUCUGACCCUCAAUCGUCGGUAGUGUCGAUGGCCAUCACUCCUUUAGGGAGCUAACACAGUUGGCGAUGUAAAGUAUCCAGUUGGCGAACUUUGCACAUCCUCAAAUACGCCAUUUUGAUCGCUCUCCGGAACAAGUUUGCAGUUUUUUUUUCUCGAAGUCCAUCAUCUCUUUUCACCAUCACCAUGUCUCAGCGCAAUCAGCCCAACCCCGACAAAGUCGAGCUAUGAGCGGAGGUCGCUGUCCCUCAUCCUGCGCCUGUGACCCUGUGGCUCCAUGACCCGGUGACGCGUUUAGCCCUUACCUUAAAAUGGAAAUGGAAAGUGCCUCCCCUGAGAAGAAUGUCAGCAGUGCUGUUGGUGCUACUGAUGUGAAUGAACAGUCUCAUUUGUCAGAAGAGGCUGUAAACAAUCAGUCUUCCACACAUACACCAGAACCUCUCGAAGAAGCAGACUAUGAUGGAACGGACAAACCAGAAGAUGAAGAUGAAGGUGGAGUUGGAACAGAAGAGGAGCUGUCCUCCAUCAACUCCAUGAUGAGCACUGUGAUGAAUGUGGGCCAGAUCAAUGGAGUCGAUUCUAAGCCCACUAAAAUAUCUCCCAGAAAUACCGCCAAAUCGCCUUCUGUCAAUCGUACUGGGAGAAGAAAUCAGGAAGUCAAAGACGAACGCUCAAGCUUCAUUUGCCCCUUGUGUAACAAAAACUGCAUGACACAGCACCAGCUCACCAUGCAUAUCAGACAGCAUAACACAGAUAGUGGGGGCACUGACCACUCCUGCAGUAUCUGUGGGAAGGCUUUGAGCUCGGCCAGCUCUCUGGACCGCCACAUGCUGGUUCACAGUGGAGAGAGGCCUUACAAGUGUGUGAGAUGUGGUCAGACUUUCACUACCAAUGGGAACAUGCACAGGCACAUGAAAAUUCAUGAAAAAGAUGCAAACAGUAUUCCUACAUCCUGUUCUUCCCAACUAAUCAACCGUCGACGACCCUCUAAGAGGAAGUCUUAUGUAGAGGAUGAAGUGGAGCAGGCUGAGGAGCCACCAGUUAAAAAGACAAUGUUGAUAAAAAAGUCUGGAGAGGAUGAUUCUGUUCAAAGUGAAGAAGAGAUCCUUCACUGUCCCAUCUGCUUUAAGACAUUCAACUGUAAAUAUGAUCUGGAAACACACAUGGACACACAUCCUGACACUACACUCAGGUGUAGCAUUUGUUGCAUUACCUUUCGCACACACCGUGGUCUUCUGCGUCAUAACACUGCCAUUCAUAAGCAGCUUCCCACUGACCCCUCCGGACGACCCUUUAUUCAGAAUAACCCCUCUAUCCCUCUGGGGUUUGGUGACCUGGCUUUCAUUGACUUCAGCUGUCAAAAAUUUCCCCACAUUGCACAGGUCUGGUGUGAGACUAAUUUGCGCAGAUGCUGUAGCAAGUUCCACAAAUUUGUGUGUGAGGACUGCAACAAGGCCUUCCCUAUUCAGCAGUCUCUGGAUCUUCACAAAUCUUCUCACAAAAGUAGCACAGACCCCUGCACUGAACCUCAGGAACAUAACGCAGAUGGUGUUAUGGAUGCACCCAAAGUUAACUCCAAUUCCACGGAUUCCAAGGAGGUCAAUGAACUGGUAUCACAUGUUGAUAAUACCAGUUCAGAUGGGAAAAAUGGUUUUAUGGAGUGCCUGGGUCUCCAACACUCCUCCUUGCUCAAGCCAGAGAAAUCAGAAGAGCAAAUUCAACAGGAAAUUUUAGACAGCAUUCGCUUCAUUCAUAUUGAGACACCUUCAACAAAUCUACCUCAAGAAAGUAGCAGCAAUCUCGGCGUCUCAAUUUUGGAACCCGUCUCACUUCAAGCCGUGAACAAUAAUGCCGCCCUCGGCGUCCUGUCUCUACAGCCGCUCCAUGGUGUCGUCAGUGGUGGUAUGUUUGUCCCAAUAAGUGGUCAAGCUGCAGUGGAGCUGGCAGACAUUGAACAAAUCCUUAAGCUUGCAGCCUCUGUGCCACCUCAGCGGUCUUUGUCCUUGCUUGCCAAAGGUCUGGGCAGUCCUCUACAGGUGGACCCCAAACAGAUUGCUUCUCUGAAGCAAAAGCCCUUAAUCACUCCUCGAUCCAGCAUGGGUGCCUCCACACCCCCUCCGCCCGUCAUGAAUGCCCAACAGGCCUCAUCGGGCAACAUCAGUCCUAGCCUUCCACCCCAAAUAGAUCAACAAGUGAGAACUGCCAGACAGUCAUCAGCCUCCUCUUCGUCCUCAACCUCGUCCUCUCCUACCAACUGGGAGACUACUCAAAUGGGGCCAGAUGUCAUAGGAAACACGAUUAUCUCAUAUGAAACUGGAAAGCAAGAGGAGUUUGAUGGCAAAGAGAAGGAAUCUAGAAUUUUGUGCAAGAAGACAGUUAAUACUGAGUUCCCUUGUCGGUUCUGCAAAGAAGUUUUUUCCUUCUUGGGUGGCCUACAGGCUCAUAUGCGUCACCAUCUGGGAGCUUCACCGUACCAAUGCACCAUUUGUAGCUAUGCCGCUCCUGACAAAGCGACGCUGAUUCGACAUCUCAGAACACAUAGCGGUGAGCGGCCAUACGUCUGCCGCCUCUGUCACUACCCUUUCACUGUGAAGGCCAACUGUGAGCGUCAUUUGCGCAAGAAACAUAUGAAGAACACACGCAAAGACAUAGAGAAAAACAUUGAAUAUGUAACCACCUCCUCUAGUGUAAGUGGUGUAAUUGGAGGCAGUACACUAGACCUCCUUGAUCCAGCCGGUGCCGGUAACGCAUCUUGUCGAUUUUGUGGGCAGGACCUUAAGAAUUACAGAGCACUUCAGAUUCACCUGCGAACGCACAAUGGAUGUCAGCGGAAGCCAUUUGAGUGUAAGCAAUGUGGGGUGGCGUUUCUCGCUAAAAGGAACUGUAUUCACCAUUUGCUGAAGCACCAUCCAGAUGUUCCAGAAAGAGAAAUUGAAGAACACAUCAAAAGUCUUGUACCGGUUGGAGGAGAGGCCACCACUCAAGCCAACCCUCCAACCUCAAAUGGGCUGGUUAACGGCACCAUUCCUCAGAAUGUAGGUUCUUUCUCUGGACCUAUUGAGGACCAGGACCAGCCUUUAGAUUUCUCUAGCAAAUCUCAAAAAAUGAUUGCCUCAAAUGUUAAACUUGAAGGAACAGCAUCUCCUCUGUUUAAUGACUGCUCUAUGGAGCCCAUUGAUCUCUCAAUACCUAAGGAUCCUGAGAAGAAGAGAAUGGUGAAAGAACUGCCUCAGAGCAUGUUCCUGAAUCAUCAAGAUAUCAAGAAAGAACAGACCCAGGAAAAGACCCCUGGUCUUCUUGCUGCUCUCCCAGUCUCCAUUUCAAGCCUGGCCUCUGCUCUGCCCGGUGACCUUACUAAGCCUUUUACUCGCUUGAAGCCAUUGCUACCCAAACCAUCUUCGGUGUCCAGUACUGAAAUGGCACCACUGGCCUCCAUUGCUCAGAUAAUCUCAUCUGUCUCAGCUACUCCAGUGCUGAUCGAAACAGGAAUAGAUGGCAAAAACAGCAUUAGCACAAUGGAUUUUAAUACACUAAGUGAGAAGAAGGGUCCCUUAGGCACCACCAAACUGGAUUCCAUUCAAAAUGGCUCUUCUGAUAAUUCAAAAAAGAGAGGCAAAAAGAGACCAUUUCAGGAGGAGAUCUGUGAUCCAAGAACACCAGCAGGCUGUGGCAUCGACCUGGAGUCAAGUGGCGAGUUUCCCAGUGUGGAGAAAAUGCUAGCUACCACUGACUCAAAUAAAUUCAGCCCCUACUUACAACCCAGUCAGAUGGAGCCAAUGAAGGACGAGAAAGAGAAGCAGACUGUCAAUGAGGAUGCAAAAGAGGGACGAGAGGAUAAGCCAAAGAAACCUUCACAGAACAAAGGAAAAAAGAAUGCUUAUUCGAAUUCAGUGCAGAAAAUGACCUGCCCAUACUGCCCACGUCUGUUCCCUUGGGCCAGCUCACUGCAAAGGCAUAUGUUAACACACACAGGUCAGAAGCCAUACCCUUGUCCUCAGUGUGAGUCAUUCUUCUCCACCAAGUCAAACUGUGAGCGCCACCUGCUCCGCAAACAUGGAAUGUCUAAUCGGACUCUUCAAAACAGUGGAUCUCGACCCAAACCUAAGACUGACGAAGGAUCCCAAGGAAGCACAGGCACUAUUGAGAGUGUAUCUGACACUGAACCUCCUGUAGCCAGAGACAUCGUGGAUCUGAGCUCUGUCAACCCCAAACAAGAGGAGGGAGCUUCAUCUCCGGAACAAGCACCAGAACAAACAGGACAAUCAGCCACUGAACAAACAGACAGCAGCUCAGACUCAAACCAAGCACGGCCAGCUGAGGGAAGCCCCGAGACAGUAGAAAAUAACGAUGAUGACUCCCAAAGCAAUAACAGUCUUGAUAUGAACCUCGCCAAGACUCUUGUAGACUUCAAGCUUUCUGGAGUGGAGCAGCACCAGCCUAAAUCAACCACUGAACCGGUUUCUCCACCAGAUGAGUUCCCCCACACCUGUGCGACCUGCAAGAAGACCUUUCGCCAUGCAGCCACUCUCAACCGGCACCAGAAAACUCACAUUCAGGAGGUCCAGCCAGAGGAUGGAGGCAAAAAGGGAAGAUGCCAACCUGCUCCUCAAAACCCAGUCACAGCUCCCAGAAAGGAGAUGGAGCAGGACGCAAAGUUAGAUGAUGAAGAAAAGGACGAGAACAGCAGCUGUGUGGAAAGUGGUGCCGAUGAGGAUGAGAAGGAGAGGGAGGAGAUGAGUGAUGAUGAAGAAGAGGCUGCAUUCUCAGAGCUCAGGGCUUUGGAAGAGGAGGGCGACCCGACGGGAGGCAAAACCGACAAAAGGAAGAAGAUCUGUGCUGUGUGCAGCAAACGUUUCUGGAGCCUGCAAGACCUGACCAGACACAUGCGCUCACAUACUGGUGAGCGACCUUAUAAGUGCCAAACCUGUCAUCGCACCUUCACCCUGAAGCACAGUCUGGUGAGGCAUCAACGCGUCCACCAGAAACCCACGGACGAGGCAGAAAUGAAUGAAGAAAUGGAUGGAGGAAAAGAAAUUCUGGAGGGAAAAGAGGUCAGGUGUUCAUCUGAAAGUCAAAGUGAAGCAACAGCUCCAAUGCAAAGUGAGAAUGAAUGUGAAACAGCAGGAGCAUCCCAAAAAGAAGAGAGUGAAGGACACAUGGAGGACAUUCAGGAGCAGCAGCACCCUGAAGAUACAUCCGUGGAGAUGGAAUCUGCUGAAGAACCUGACAAAGAGCCUCAGUCAGAUGGGGCUGAACAGGAGGAACAUCAAACGCUAGCUGCCUCAGUAGAGGCCCAAUGAGGCUGUGACCCAGAACAUGCAAAAAUCAGUGUCCAUAGCUGUAAUGCAGCUCAGGAAGUGAUGGAGACACCUGAUCAGAGAAGAGAAAAUUCACUGUGUUGAUUUUGUGCCAUAGCUUAUCAAACUUCCGCAGACACCAGGAGUUACAAAGCCUGGCUUUUGCCGAUAUGUGUCUUAUACAGUACGCAUGACAGUGAUGCAGACUGGAGAACAGUUUCUGAAGCACAGCGAAUCUUCUCUUGAUGCCUUAAUGCUUUUUUUCUAAAGAUCUGGAUCAACACAUAAUUGGACAAUAGCAAUUUUAAUCCUAUUUAUAUGAUUUUUAAUGAAUCAUAUAAAGCCUUUAUAUAAAUAAAUUAGAAGCAUUUGUAUGAUGAACAGAAGAUUUAUAUAUCAGCAUUAAAUUGUAUUAUUCUUAAGUCAGUUUCUGUAUGUUUUUAGUAUCUGUUUGGAGUUGUUUGGUUUCUUUUUCUUUUUUUUUUUGUCUUAUGGAAUUGAAGAGCUGAAGUGCCUAAAUCAUUUUCAUUAUCAAGAUUGGCUGAAUA